GAAGUCACAGAGAGAGGGUCACGUUCCCAUUCACAUCAACGGAGAGGUAGUAGAGACCGUUAAGAGCUACAAGUUCCUUGGCAUUAACAUCUCUGAGGAUCUUUUCUGGAGCCUUCACUCAGAGACCAUAGUGAGAACAGCCCAUCAGGGUCUCUACUUCCUGCGGAGACUGAAGAGGUUUGGCAUCUCCUCUAACAUCAUGUCAAACUUCUACCGCUGCACUAUAGAGAGCAUUCUGACCAGCUGCAUCACUGUAUGGUACGGCAACUGCUCUUCCUUGGACCGCAAAGCUCUUCAAAACCAUUAUUCUCAGCUGCUGAAUAAGCUGUAUUGUCAGCUAGCAAAAACGUGUCCUGUGGAUGUACUGGUGGGCAGAGAGCCACCUAAGGGUACCAUGCUAAGAGCCACCGCGAUUUAUAAGAAAUCAGAACAUGUUUCUGAGGUGGUAAUCCGCUGUCCACACCACCAGAGCAUUGCUGAGAACAACGAAGGUGUUUCCCACCGUAGCCAUCUCAUCCGUGUGGAGGGCAGUCAGAGAGUCCAGUAUCAUGAGGAUCCAAACACCAGGAGGCAUAGUGUGACGCUGCCUUACGAGUCCCCACAGGUGGGUUCGGUGGUAACUACCAUACUACUGAACUUUAUGUGCAACAGCAGUUGUAUGGGUGGGAUGAAUAGGAGGCCAAUUUUCACCAUACUGACCAUGGAGACAUUUGAUGGACAGGUUCUUGGUCGCCAAUGUUUUGAAGUUCGAGUGUGUGCAUGUCCAGGCCGCGACCGCAAAACAGAGGAAGACAAUCUGAAAAAGAUUACUGGGGAGACAGUUACUGGGACAAAGAGAAAGCAUCAAAUUCCGGAUCCGUUAAAAGAGGUGCUCCCUGCAGCUGAACCUGAAUCCGCUGAUGAGAUUUACAUUAUUCAUAUACGUGGUAAGGAGCGUUUUGAAAUGCUAAGGACUAUUAACGCUAGUUUGGAGCUUUUGCACAUGAUGCCUGUUGCUGACCAAGAAAAAUACAGUCAAAAACGAAACACCAUAACAUUUGAUCAAGCCAGUUUGCAGGCGAAGAGUGGCAAAAAACAUCUAAAAGAUUCAAACUAAAACAGCUUUUCAUUUUAUUACUUUUUCUAUGCACAAAAAAACAGUCUAAUUCUAGCUUUUCUGAUGAUCGGUAUGUAACCUGUGAGUUCAAGGUCUUGUAUAUUGCCAACCAAAAUGUCUUCCAAUUUCUUUUUUUCUUUUUUUUGCAUGCCUAAUAUUUUUCUUUCUUUGUAAUUAUUGAAAUAAAACUUCUGUAAUGUAACAUUUCUCUCUAUACUUUUUGAUACACUCACAUAGUCAUAGUUCACAUAUGUAUAGUUCACAUAUAUAUCAUAGCAACCAAAGGCACACUAUCUGAUAACACUAGGUUUAUGGUGCCCAGGAAUGUGGCUAAGCAACUCUUAACUCAAGUCUCUCAAAAACAGACACAUAAUGCACAUAAAAAGGGACUCUUCUCUAAUUCAUAGACAAACCUUUCUUUGAAUGUUCACAUAUACUUUAGGGCAUUGUGUAUGCUGUUACUAUUCUUGUAUAUUGUCUUUUGUGUAUUGUAAAUGUUUUAUACAUGCUUAUGAUGGAUCACUAGUUAAUAUAACCUCAUCUUUAUGAUGUUUUGUAUCUAUGAGUUUGUAUUUUCAUGAUCUACAUGAGUGUAUAUUAUGUUGAUACCUAUGCAAUACAUUAGUUAUAUAAGAAUCUUAAGGAUUCUUCUCUUGAACCCCCCAAUCUAUAUGCAAGACACCAUAUUAGAAACAGAGCUGUGAAACUUCCUUCCAAAAGGUACCAUUCCUCAUUGGCUCAAUCAAAUCCUGAGGGUGUGACAUCAUCACACUACAUAGAUCACUGAUCACAAGAUCAGGGUGGGUUCUUUUAGAUUCAGAAAUUCCAGGAGAAGAUGCUGAGCUAAGAGCUGUAAAAACCACACUAAGCUUGUGCCAGGCCUUCUGCCUUGACUUUCCAUUCAUCAAGAUCCUCUGAAUCAAACUGGUCUUUCUCAUCAACUCAGUUCAGCAGAGACCAACUGGAGCCCCAAAGUUCAAGUGUCAAACUUAGUCUUAUUAAUUGAUACAUUAAGUAUCACAUGCACCUUUUACAAAGGUGUGUUUGAACUAAGAAACUGAUGUUUCCUUCAGGCUGUAGACCUGUUGAAUAUCAAAUUGUGCCAUAGCUUUAUGUCUUUAUUUCUUCUUCUCUUUACUGCUUAAGCUUUAACCCUUUUUCCAAUGUCCACUGUAUGCGUUUUUGCGUGUGUGUGUUUGACUAGUUUAAGUGUUUAUGUAGUUAAUAAAGUCUUACUUGUAUCACA